AUGGAAUUUGUUUCUUCAAUUGCUGGGAAGGUCGCGGACUAUUUGUUUGUAGCUGCUAGCGGUCAACUUGGUUAUUUGAUUCAUUACAAUGACAACGUUAAAGACUUGAAAGAGAAAGUAGAGGCACUUGCUGGUCGCAGAGAGAGGAUACAAGUGAAAAUUGAUACUGCUAAAAGAAUUGGAGAAAGUAUCUUCACUGAUGUUCAUAACUGGAUGGAAAAAGUUGAUAAGAUUUCUGCAGAAACUGAAAAGUUUUUUGAAGAUGAAGUCAAAGCAAACAAGGGGUGUCUCAAAGGGUGGUGCGUUAAUCUCGGACAACGCUACUGGUUCAGUAAGGCGGCAAAGAAGCAUACUCUGGAGAUUUCUGAUCGGCUCCAAGAAGUGGAAAAGUUUGAGAGUGUGUCUUGUCGUGCUCCUCCGCCUGGAAUUAUAUCGUCAUCGAAGUUAUUUUCUUCAGGCAAUUUUGAAUCUAGAAAUUCAAUUAAGAAGCAAAUCAUGAAGGCGUUAAUUGAUGAUGAUCAUGUCAGCAUAAUUGGAAUAUGUGGGAUGGGGGGCGUGGGUAAGACCACGCUACUGAAAGAAAUCGGCCAACAAGCAAAAGAAGAAAAGAUCUAUGAUGCAGUAGUGAUGGCGGUUGUCUCUCAAACCCCGAGUAUUAUGAAGAUUCAAGGCGACAUUGCUGACAUGUUAGGUGUAACAAACUCCUUGCCGCCUAAUUCUGAAUUAGCAAGAGCAACUUUCCUAUGGGAGAGAAUCAAGAAAGAGAAGCGGAUUCUUGUGGUGUUGGAUGAUAUUUGGAGAAGAAUCGAAUUGGAUGAGAUUGGUAUUCCUUUCGGUGAUGACCAUGAAGGUUGCAAAAUUGUGAUCACUUCUCGAAGCAAACUUGUAUGUAAUCAACAGGAUUGUCAAAAGGUAUUCACAAUUGAAACGUUAUCGAAACAAGAAAGUUGGGUUCUUUUCAAGGAGAUUGUCGGCGAGAUUGUGGAAAAUUCUGAUAUAGACUUAAUUGCAAGAGAUGUAGCUGCUAAAUGUGGUGGCUUGCCAAUUGCAAUCGUGACUGUAGCAAGAGCAUUGAAGGGAAAGAACAAGCAUGUCUGGACUGAUGCAGCACGACAACUUAAGAAGUCCACCCCAUCAAAUAUCCCAGGAGUGGAGAGCAACAUUAUUUCAUCUCUGGAAUUAAGCUUCAAUUAUCUCGAAACUAUGGAGGCAAAAUCACUUUUCUUGUUUUGUAGCUUAUUUCCAGAGGAUUACGAAAUUCCGAUUGAAGAUUUGGUUCCAUACAGGAUCGGUUUAAGGUGGUCUGAAGACUUCGAUGAGAAGAUAGAAGAUGUCAGAGAUAGAAUAUUUGGUAUUGUAAGUACCAUCACCUCUUCUUUUCUCUUAAUUGAUGAAGGUAAAAAUUUUGUUAAAAUGCAUGAUGUUAUCCGUGAUUUUGCAUUAACGAUAGCUCCUAAAUACAACCAUAAAUACAUGGUGAAAGCUGGCAUUGGUUUACAAGAGUGGCCAAAUAGAGAUACAUUUGAAAAUCUCACAUGUAUCUCAUUGAUGGCAAAUAAGAUUAGGGAGCUGCCUAAUGGGUUGGAAUGUCCAAAAUUGCAGGCUUUGUUACUACAAGAAAAUAGUAAUUUGGUUGUCCCUAGUUGUUUCUUUCAAGAAAUGAAAGAUCUCAAAGUUUUAGAUUUGAGCAAAACCGGACUCUUGUCAUUGCCUGAAUCACUUUCAUUUCUUUCAACUAUUAGAACACUAAAUCUUAGUGAUUGCGAUUUGGGGGACCUAUCAGUGAUUGGAAGUCUAAGUAAACUAGAGAUUCUUAGCCUUUACAGAUCUUCUAUUCAAGAGAUCCCUGAUUCCUUUAGCCAAUUAAGUAAUCUCAGGUUAUUAGAUUUGAAUAAUUGUUGGGAGUUAACACUAAUACCUCGUGGUGUUAUACCGUCUCUUAAAAAGUUAGAGGAGUUGUACAUUAAUAGAUUUAAGCAAUGGGAAUUUGAAAGUGAGAAUUUGAAAAGCAAUGCCAAUCUUGUUGAGUUAGAAGCCUUGUCUCGAUUGACUCAUUUAGAGAUUUCUAUUUCAAACCUUGACCUCUCACCAAAAUUGUUGGUAUUCCCAAAUAACCUGUCCAAAUUUAAAUUAAGAAUAGGUGAUACCGAAUAUAACGAUGAUUAUUUGGAUAGCAAUAGAUACUCAAGAAAUAUGCAUGUCUCAAAAACUAGCAUUUCAAAAAUACAUGAUUGUGUUAAAGGUUUGCUCAAAAGAACUGAGUGUCUAUUUUUAGAGAAAAUUGCUAAUUUAGAGAGUAUUAGCCAUAACCUAGUUGAAGAAGGGUUCAAUGAAUUGAAGUAUCUUGAUAUCACAUCAUGUGAUGAGAUAAAGUAUCUCCUAAAUACAUUGGAAUGGACACCAAACUCAAUUUUCCACAAUUUAGAGGAAUUGGUUAUCGAUUAUAAUCCCAACUUGGUUGAACUAUGUCAUGGACAACCUCCAGCCCAGUCUUUCAGUAAAUUAAAACUUUUACGAAUGGCAGGGUGCCAUGAAAUGGUAAAUGUUGUUCCAAGUCAUUUGUUACAAAGCUUUCAAAAUCUUCAAACUUUUAAAGAACGUGACUGUAGAUCAUUGGUGUAUAUAUUUGAUUGUAAAGAUAUUAAGAUUGCAGAGGGAGAAGCCAAGUUACUAUCAUCGUUAGAGCUUCUAGAAUUGAAUGAAUUGCCUGAGUUGUCACAUAUAUGGAAUGGUGACCAUCAAUCCAUAAGCCUUUGUAGCUUGAAGAGAGUACAACUUUUGCAUUGCGAUAAGUUGAUAAAACUAUUUUCACCAACUCUACUCCAAAACCUUAUUUGUUUGGAAGAAAUAUAUAUAAGGGAUUGCAAUAAUUUAGAGGAGAUCUUUGGGAAGAAAGAAACUUUGGACGAGGAGUUAGACCACACCAUAACCUCCCCUAGUUUGGGAAACCUGACUACCAUACAAAUAUAUGAUUGUGAUAAAUUAAAAAACCUCUUCACCCCUUCCAUUGUCAAAUGCCUGGUGAAGCUCAAAAGUCUUAAAAUAUGGGGAUGCUCAACAAUAGAAGAAAUAGUCACAAAUGAGAAAGGAGAAAAAGAAGCAUCAAUAGAGAGGAUAGUGUUUCCUAGUUUGUACUACUUGGACCUUUAUUAUUUGGACAACCUCACUUGUUUUAGCUCUGGAUCAUAUACUAUUGAAUACCCAUCAUUGGAGAGGCUAGAGAUAGGUGAAUGUGGAAAAAUGAAGACCUUUGGUUAUGGAGAGCAAGUGACACCCAAGCUUAAAAAAGUGCUUGUAGAAGGUUGGGUUGAACGUUGGAAAGACAACUUGAAUGCCACAGUGCAAGAGUACUUCAAUGAAUAG